AGCCCUAUUACAAAUUCUCCUAUUGAAGAGCUAGGCGGCGAGUGUCGAGAAAUUUCGCCAAAACUUCUAGUUUGAGCUGAAAUCCAAGCAUCAGGCAGCAAUAGUCCUGCUUAGUUUAUAUACGCAGUGUUACCUUCCAACUUACUUAUAAGAAUGAACCCGGAAUUUCAGAGUAUUGGCGAAGCAUUUGUUCGUCAUUACUACCAACUUUAUGAUGAGGGAAACAAGGAUGCUUUGAUGCAUUUAUAUCAUGACUCGGCAUUGCUGACCUUUGAAGGUGACCAGAAGCAAGGCAAACCAGCAAUUGUAGAAAAACACAAGUCCGUAGCAGUAAAGACAGCCCAUGCUAUAACAAGAGCGGACUGCCAUCCGAUGAUGAAUGGAGGCAUAUUAGUAGCUGUUCUAGGGCAGCUUAAGACGGAAGGGGAGGAGAAAGCCCUGGGUUAUACACACACUUUUGUUAUUCAGCCUGAAGCCGCAACAUUUUUUAUCGUCAAUGAAAUAUUUCAACUGGCACUUCACAACUUUUAAUAAAAAACAAAUCAGUGACUAUAAUAAAUGUUAAAAGUAUCUUUACUUUGGAUGGACUGUUAACAGUUUGAAAAGUUUCCUUGUUUGAAGACAUUCUGUUCUGGACCUGUACAUAAGUUAUAUGAUACUGAAGUGUGUGAAAAAUAUGACUCGCCUUCAUGUGAUCAAGUAAAACAUGAUUCACUAAUACGAAACCACGCAUGGUUUACUAGUAUUGUUCAUGCUUGCAGAUAAUCUAUAGUCAUGAGUGUUAAAUUUACAAAAGCGUUGAUUCAUAAACUAUUUUUCAUUAGAUUUUGUCCAGCAAAUACAGGUUUUACUUUGUUUGCAUGUUUACAAGAUAAAGCUCUGUUGCUGUUUUUUUUUUCAAUUCUGUAAGAAUCUGUCUACAUUAUUAUAUUGUAUAUUACAUUCAGCUGUUAAUACAUUGAACAGUACACAAACAUAGUGUUCUUCACUCUUGGUUAUGCUUUUAGAAAAAAAAUACAACACAUCAAGUAGAUCUUACAUGUUUUUUUAUGUCAAUGUGUUGUGUUAAAUGACUUUAUAUUAAUGGUUGAUUGACCUCAUAAUUAGGUUUUUGAACAGCUUAUUUCACUUUUUUAUGAAGUAGGUUUUAAAUUAGUUUAUUUUACUUAUAUAUAAGCAUUCAAACACUUUGAAGAUUACUUGUUUAAUUCUCUUAACAUUAGAUUGAUUGCACUGUUUAUUAGAACUUGGAAUGUCUUAAUAUUUUGUAGAACCAUUUUUCUUUUUAAUGUGGUGAAAAUUAUGUACCGGUACAUUAUUUCAAUAACAGUAAGCAUGUUUUCCAAAUGAUGCCCUUCUUUACAAAAUAAAUUUAUAAUUCACACAAUUUGACCAGACACUUAGACAACCUUAUUCCUGAACAUUUUAUAAACUCAUAUGUUUAUACUAGGUAUAAUGCGUUACAUUUGUUUGUACUUAUUCCUAUUUGGUAGGCAUAUUAUGCAAUCCAGUACUGUAUAGAGUUUGUCAGACAGUUUGUUAUACAUGCAAAAGGCCCGUGUCUGGUCAUUCACUGUGAUGCUGGUAUAUGAGCCUAAUCGUAAGAAAAUGGGUCUUGGUCUCAUAAGCGGACAGUGUAGCUCCUGACCAAAAUUGUGCAGGAACUAUUCUGGCAGCAUAUGGCAUAACACCCAAGAUGUUGUAAAUAACUGUGUUGCAUUUUGUGUUCCAACCUAUCGCCCUGUGAACUACAUGUUAUGAUGAAGCAGGGUUGGCUGUAGAAGUGUAGAGAUUCAACAUAGAUCUAGCCUGCUGGAAUGUUAACACUUAGUUACCCUUUGUUAUUUUUGUUGAUGGCUAUCUGAAUCCAUGCAUGCUUAUUCGCUAUUCUAAUUGAAAUAAAUGAUACACUAACAAA